ACUUCCAGCAGCGAGAAUCUCUUAUUCCUUGACUACAGAACUGUCUCUGUGCGAACUCCCUCAAGCGCCAACCUUGGCUCGCGAUCAAUGACGGCCUCGGCCUAAAGCUUCACCUGGUCUUCUCUUCACCCUCAGACCUUAAAACCAUCAAGCAAUGGCGACUCCACGGCCAACUCAGGCAGCCGGGUCUACGCAGCCAUUAACACCCCCAGAUGACCCAACAACGACGAACAACACCUCCUCACAAGCCGCCGCGGCGAGCGCGCCAAACUCCUCCAUUCCCAGCGCCCCCGCGAUGCCCUCCACAUCCCUCACCGACACCGGCAAAUCGCGCCGUCCCCGCGACUCCCGGCUCGUCCACAUGCUCCUCGCCUCACUCGGCGUCACAGGAUAUCAAGAGCGCGUUCCACUGCAACUCCUCGACUUCGCAUACCGCUAUACCUCUUCGACCCUCCAAGACGCUGCCUAUCUCGCCAUGGAGGGCUACGCAGGCAGCACAUCAGGGCCUGGCGAGACAAACGUGUCCACGGGCGGUGGACGAGGGGGCGUGGAACUGAACACCGUCACACUACAAUCCCUCCGUUUGAGCAUCGCAUCGCGCCUCCACUACCAAUUCCAACCCGGCCUUUCCAAGGAAUUCCUCGUCGACGUCGCUUCGGAACGGAACCGCUAUGCGCUUCCUGGUGUUGCCCGUGGUGGGGAGACGGCUGCAAAGAGCGGGUUUUCGAAUAUAUCGAUGGGCGGGAUGAGACUGCCACCUGAGAAGUUUUGUCAGACGGGAACGGGGUGGAAUUUGAAGGAGGAGUGGGAAAGUGAAGGAGAAGACGAUGUUGAGGAUGCCGCUGAGCCGACUGUCGCGCUCGGGGCUGCCGGGCAGAAUGAUGAGGAAGAUUUGGAAGAUGAAGGGGAUGGCAGGAUGGAGGAUGUUUUUGGAGAGGAUGCAGUGAUGAAGGAGGGCGAUGAGGAUGAUGAACAUAUGGCGGAUGCGUAAACUUAUCGCAUGGUUUAUCAAUCAAUGGUGUAGGGCGGCGUUCUGGGUGCAUUGCAUAUGGAUGGGAAUAUCAAAAAUCUGGUUAAAUAAAUAUCACUUUCGACCAUCGUAUCCACAUGCGUAUGAAUUCAAUAUAAUAUAAUA